AUCUCAUUAGUAGCGGGGAUGAGUUUCAAUAUGUAUCACCUUUUUCUUCUCCCGGGAACUUGGAGAAUAUGAUCCUACUGAUCUGAACCAGUGAGAUGGGGUGGCCCCGUUCUGAUGUCAAGGCUUAUUUACUGGUGACCAGAGGCUCGCCCCCCGUCCAGACCCAUCAGCAGUCCACCAAGCAAGUCACCGGGCAAUGCAAAUGCAACCCAUCUAUGCAAAAGAAAAACAAGAAAAAAAACAUGUGCAGCACCACCAUCGCGGAGAUUGAGAUGGCCUGCGGGCAUUCCAUUCGGCCCAUCACCAGUGUUGGUGACCAACAACCGAGACACGACGGUCGAGAACAACCUCGGGCCACCAAAAUCGUCGUGAACGACACUUGUGCCAACUGUGACCGGGAGGUUCAUCUUCAUAAGAGCAGGCUGCUAUACGACGCCCAGCAUGCCGAACUUCUGAGGUGCUACGUCGAGGCAAAGAGAACUAGCAACGAUGAGGAGAUGGCUCGUCUGGAGCAGGGCAUGCAGACACUCUAUCGGGAAACCCGGAAAAAGAUCGGUGCCAUCAGCAAGAUUCCGUCGGGCACUGGCGUUUUCUGGCCUUCUAUGGACCAGGGCGAGGUGUUCCCAGAAGACACGGCUCACUGCAAUAUGCGCAUAUAGGGACAAACCUUUCGACACCGCUCAGUAGAAUAGAAUUCGGUACCCAGGUAUUUCAUGCCGACUUCAUAAAGAAGAAGAAGAAAAAACAACCCCCUCUAAUUCCCCCCUGAAGUU